AGACCAAGGAUUUCCCGCUAUAAACACAUGGCCUCUCAGUCUCUCACUCGAUUUCUUAACUAAGUGGAGAACCGAAAUGUAUCUGCAGAAAGAGUGAAAGAUCUUCUCUUUGAGUAUAAAUGGCUUUGACUUCAACUACUAAUUAGAGAAGACAGAGACUCUUGGGUGUUUUCUAGGAACUCAGAUUGAUUAAAAAGAAAUCUUUCCUUGCAUAAAUCUUUGUUCUUGAAUGCUUUAUGUAUGGGAAGGUCUUGGCUGAUUAGUAGCAGAGGGCUUGCACAGAAAGUGAAAAAUGGCAAUGCACCUGAAGAACAUGGAAUCAACGACUGCGGGGCUACCGGUGAAUGUCCAAAUUGUCAUCACCUUAUUAAUAGCAGAGAUAUCUACCCUGAGUGGCCUGGUUUUCCUGUCGGUGUAAAAUUUGAGCCGUCUGAUGUUGAGAUCUUAGAACAUCUAGCAGUGAAAUGCGGGGAAGGAAGUUCCGAACCACACAUAUUUCUGGAUGAGUUCAUCCCGACACUCGAGGGCGAGGAAGGAAUUUGCUAUACUCAUCCAGAAAACCUUCCCGGGGCAAAAAAAGAUGGAAGCAGUGUCCACUUCUUUUACCGGACUAAAAAGGCAUAUGCUACUGGGAAACGAAAGCGUAGAAAGAUUACCGACAACAAGAGUUUGAUGAUAGAGCAUGUUCGUUGGCACAAGACAGGUAAGACCAAAGCUGUGAUGGAAAAUGGAGUUCAAAAGGGGUGCAAGAAGGUAAUGGUACUGUAUAGGAGUGCCAAGAAGGGAGAAAGACCUUAUAAGACCAAUUGGGUGAUGCACCAAUACCAUCUAGGAACUGACUUGGAUGAAGAGGAAGGUGGAUAUGUGGUCUCUAAGAUAUUUUAUCAACAGCAGAAGCAGAACGACAAGAGUGUGGAUGACACUCUUCUUCUGCCUAAUGCUGAAUCUAAUAUGUGGACUGCCCAGGAUAUUCCUAGGACUCCCAUGACUGCAAUCCCUAAUCCGCCUCGUGCUGGACAAACCCCUUCUUGCGAUCAGUCUGUAGCUUUGUCGCCUCUUGAGGGAGUGGAGGUGGCCGAGGAGGGGCAAUAUACAUAUCCCCGAGAUGUUCAAGUCAAGUGUGAAGAGUUAGCAGCAUGUUUGGCUGCUGAUGACAAUGACAUAGAUGGUUUCUUGAUUUCUGAUGGAACUGCCUGUUCUUAUGAUUUUAACAAUCGCGCGUCUAAUCAUGGCCAUUCUGCUAACGACACUAAUCAAAUUCCAGAGGGAGAUGGCAAAAACUCAACUAGUUUUUCUGAUCUUUUGAACUUGGAACUGGACUGUCCACCAGAGUUUUCUUUGCAGGAUUUGCAAUUUGGAUCUCAAGACAGUAUCUCUAGCUGGUUGAACCGGUUUUGAGCUCCGAACAGAUAUUCCAUCGAGUCGUGUAUUUGGAGCAAUUAGUUAAGAUUGUAUCAUUGAUCAUUUGUGGGUUGUAUGGUCCCAUUCGAAUGGAAGGCAUCCAUUUGAGGUCAAGGAGUUCCAAACUUUCUGCAACAUGCCCAGCUUCUUAAUACCAGUUUGUAUUAAGAGUUUGGUACAUUAAAAGGGAAAAGAAAACAGAUAAGAGUACUCCGUUUUUGUUUUUUGAGAUUUGACCUCUUUUUGCAAACCUUCCAUGCUUCAUGUUGUGUGUGCUUCUGUAAACUUAUUAAUAAUUAAUAUUCUUGUAAGUUGUUAACUGUUUAAUUGCUUUCUUAUGACUCUAAUAUCUGAUAGUAUUGUUAUGUUCUUAA